GUUUAUGCCGCCAGCUUUUCCUAUUAAUUAACCUCAAAUAUAGUUAUUUUUUUUAUUCUACAAAUAAUAUAAGCACAAAAUGGCAAAUUCAUUAAUGUCAGAAUUAAAUGAAGCUGUACUUAAGAAAACAACGAAUUUAUCUUUUCUAAAUGACAGAGUUUCUGGUUAUAACUGGAAUGAAGGGUUAAAUUAUGAUAAACUGAUGCAAAGUUACCUACAUAGUGGAUUCCAGGCUACUAGUUUUGGUCUAGCCGUAGAAGAAAUUAAGAAAAUGUUACAUUGUAGAAAACAACCAAUUCCUGAAGAAAAAUUCAUUGACAAUGACGACGAGUUCACAGUUGUUAAAAAUAAUUGUACCAUAUUUUUGGGGUACACGUCUAAUUUGAUAUCUAGCGGCUUAAGAGAAACUAUAAAAUUUUUAGUUCGACAUAAAAUGGUAGAUUGUAUAGUAACCACUGCCGGUGGUGUCGAAGAAGACCUCAUUAAAUGUCUUGCUCCUACUUUUGUAGGUGAUUUUCAUUUAGACGGUAAAACUUUAAGAGAUUGUGGCAUAAAUCGAAUUGGUAACUUACUGGUACCAAAUGAUAAUUAUUGUAGCUUUGAAAAUUGGAUUCUACCCAUUCUUGAUGAGCUGUUAAAGGAACAGAAAGAUGGUGUCCUUUGGACUCCUAGCAAGAUAAUUGAAAGACUAGGAAAAGAAAUUAACAAUGAAGAAAGUGUAUAUUAUUGGGCGGCAAAAAAUAAAAUUCCUGUAUUCUGUCCAGCCUUAACAGAUGGUAGCCUUGGUGAUAUGAUGUUCAUGCAUUCAUUCAAAAAUCCUGGACUGGUCGUGGAUAUUAUUUCAGAUUUAAGAAGGAUUAAUUUGAUGGCUAUGAAAUCAGUACACACAGGAAUGGUGAUACUAGGAGGUGGCCUCAUAAAACAUCACAUUUGCAACGCUAAUUUAAUGAGAAAUGGUGCCGAUUAUUCCGUUUUUGUAAAUACUUCCUCAGAAUUCGAUGGCAGUGAUGCGGGUGCCAGACCGGACGAAGCUAAAUCAUGGGGAAAAAUUAAAAAAGAUGCAAAUCCCGUGAAAGUAUAUGCAGACGCGACUUUAGUGUUUCCUUUAUUGGUCGCUCAAACGUUUGCUAAAGAUUAUUUUGCUCCCAAUACUUCUAAUUAAAAUAUUUAAAUUCAA